UAAGGACUAUGCAAUUAAUAUUAGAUCUAAUUAAAUACAAUGGAGUUUAUGUGCUCUAUUGUCAUCCUACACUGCUAAGCCUAGUUACAAGCAUCAACAGAGACUUUCAGAUUAGGUGCUUUUUAAUUUCUGUGGUUUAACGCGAUAAUCUCACUUAGACAGCUUCUCUCACUUGUCUGACUCUACUUCUCGUUUUAGCAGCAAGUCAACAGGAUGUGUGCCAAAACCACAACAGAGUCAGAAGAACUGUGCGCCUGUUUCAGCAUGUUGCAACAAGAAAAGUGACACGCCAAAAAUGCUGUGCUCCGACUGUGGUGAAUUCAAGAGAUGAUACUUUGAGGACACGAAGUUCAAAACAUAACGGGUUUGAUGUCAAGAUUAAUGGACUGCACAGAGAUCAAAGUUGAAAUGGCUGAAGAGGGGCUGCUGGAACGUCUCGUUAUCACCGAAGAGGGAGAUGUAACUGAGGGUGUCAUUGAAAGAGGGGCAGCGAGUAGUUCAGUUGUCAUCGCACAGAGCUGCAGUGGAGAGUCGGCUCUGAAAAAGGAAGAGGAACAUACAGGAGAUAUAGCAAGUAAAAUGUGUUUAGAAGAGCAGAGCCUGGAAAAACAACAAGCCAACGCAGAGGACGACCAUAUAGGAGAGGUUGUUGUGAAUGAAAAGGACAAACAAGAAGAUGAUAAACCAGAGAAAACUGAGAACAUGAAUGAUGGACAAAACAGAGGUGAUAGGGAGAAUGAAGGGCAGACACUUGAGAUGAUGAGGAUUAAUGAAAAACAUGAGAAACCCAGUGACACAGAGGAUGAAAAGGUGACACAAAAUUACCCUCAAGUGGACAUAAAGAGGUUAAAUUCCUCUGGGCAACAACCUGAAGGAACAAAAAGCCAAGAGGAGGAUCCAAAAAAGGCUCACCGGUUAACCCCUGACUUCCCUGAGGCACUGUAUGAGCUGCUCUGCACCCUUCAGGAGGGGAGACGGCUCAAUGACCAGCGCUGCUCCUUCAGGCUGGAGAGUGGGAUGAGGAGGCGGAGGUGCCACUCUGAGCCCAACACCACCAAACCAGCCAACAGAGUCAUCUUUUCCUCCAUGACUUCACUGCAGAAAGAGGAGUUUUUUGAGCUGGUGGCCACCACUCAAGCUCGCCGAUUGGAUGACCAGAGGGCGCAGCUCGAAAGGUCUCAACCGCCAAAACCAAAAGGCAGAAGUUUCAGAGGGAGCAUAAAGCAACUCUCUUUCGUGAAAAAGCCUGCGCCAGUUCCUGUGCCUGUGCCCGUGCCCAAAGAGGAUCUGUAUAAUAUGAUCCUCACAACACAAGCCCAGGGCAGGCUGGAGGACCAGCGCAGCAGGGCUCCUGGUCCCAUGGACGAUGAUGACUUCUUUUCCCUGCUCCUGAGGGUCCAGGGAGGUCGCAUGGACGAGCAGAGGACUGAAUUACCGUGCAUGCUGAAAACCUGAGAUGAAAAACAAAAAACUGUGGAGCUACAUCGGGAGCCAUCCAGUAUUAUAGCCUUUUUAGUCUGAUUUCGUGUUAAAACAGGGGUUUUUUGUUGAUCCUGAUGCUUUAUUUAAGGGAAUUGCUUUCCCUCUUGAUAGUGGUGGUCAGCGUUAAAGCUGUUGAGAUUGUAGCAAAAAUGUUAAUGUUUGAGCAACAGAGCUUUUAAUGUGACUUGAGGGCCGUUUCUGAUGAGAUUGUGAAGUUUACUGCUAGUUAGGUAGUUUUUUCUUUCCAGGUAAAUAGGAUCAGUAUAUGUGCUUUCUUAUUUCACCAAAUUUUGGAUUUUAUUGAGUGUCUGCGAUAAGUGGUUGAAUGAUUUUGUGUGUGACGGAGAUAAUAGCUCCAAGGCCACACAGUGCUUGACUGUAUAUGGAUAAUUCUCCUCCAGAAAAUAAACAAAAAUGUAUAUCUGA